AGAUGAACCUGAAACUUCUUUUCUGCCCUGGAUUCUUCCUGCUGCUUGUUGUCAGUCAGAACCAGGCAAGGGCCAGGCCCAUUUCCAGCUUACAGAAUCUGUCCAAAUUAUUAGAUGAGGAUCUGGAGCAUCCACUGAUCUCAGAAGUGGUGGACCAUGAGCAAGAUGACAUGAUUCCAGCACGUGCCUUUGAUCAACAAGAGUCUGAGUUCCAGUGGACCCAAAACACCAGGGACCAGCCUGAGGGCAUGUCCACUAGUGACAAUGCUGUGCAGAGGUUCUUCAGUGACCUCAUGGGUUUACCCCGGAGGUAUCGAGGCAGAAGCAAAAAGGGUCUAUCCAGGGGCUGUUUUGGUGUCAAGCUGGACAGAAUUGGGUCACUGAGUGGACUGGGAUGCUAACUGCUUACUAUGGUAAGAGAAAGCCAGAGGCAGGUGGUCUGUGUAUUCACAUAUAACUUCUGUAAAUAUGUAGAAGAAUUGAUUUAAUUCAGCUUUAAGGAAAGGGUUCCUUAAAGUAACUUCUGCCCUCCUAUCCCAAGCACAGUUAACUAAUUUUACCCUCCUCAGAAAUCACUAGCACCAGAUGCAUGCUUAAAACCCAUGAAUGCGUGCUUAAAACCCAUGAACCCAUGAAGAGCUUUACCUGCUCUUGCCGGCUUUCACCAAGUCAGUUGUAAACAUUUCGUCUUGUCACAGAACCCAGAUCAGAGAGUUUUGUACCCCAGGGAUGCUUGUGUCAAUCCAAAGAAACUCCUCUGAGCAGAACAGUGGAGCAGAACCUGGCCCUAGAACAGUAAGAAAUCAGUUAAUUUCCGUGAAUGAAAUCCUGUCAACUUCUCUUCCUUUUACUUAUUACUCUGCUUUCUUGGCAGGACUGACUUUGAGGGCUCAAAGAACCUGUUGCCUUUCAGUGAGAAGUUCAGCCCUUACUCACAUUGGCUCCACCAAUCCAUCUAUAGAUGAUGCACAGAACAAAUUGCCCCCCAACCCUCCCCAGAAUUACUUGGCCAAUAGAAUACACCAUUGCUAUAUUGCUUAUUUGUAUCAGAGUAAUAAUUUGUGAGCAUCUAUCUGAAAUGUAAUAAUGAAGACAUUUGCACUGUUUGUGUUAUAAGUGUAUACAUGAACAAUUCUCAUUAUGUCAUGGACAAUAAACUGUUUUUCAUAAUUUGGUGAA